GACAGUACCCGAAAAAUAUGAAAAAUUGUGUUUUCUUUUGUAAAUACAUGAUUAAAUUUCCGUCCAGAAAAUGUUUUAUUAAUAAAUUACUGGCGAUAAUCUUAUAUUUAUAAUAAAGUGUAUAAUUGCAAUAAGUCUAAAUUGUACUAAAAAUUAACUGGGUGAAAACAGAAGUGAAUAAAAACAAAAACGAAACGUCGGCGAAAAAUAAAAAGCAAAGAACAAAUCUAUCAAAAAAAAAGAGAAUUUAUAAAAAAAAACGUCAAAUUGUUUUGCUAUUUCUGUUUUCUGCUGAAUAAAGUGGUUAGUUUUCUACCAAGAAAAUGAAUGCAGAAUAAAUAAAUUGCGAAGUCAAUAGAUAUUUAUUUAUUUUGUGCUCACAAAAAAAAAAUAAAAAUGCAACUUUAAUCACUAUCGGAAGACUUUUUAAUAAUAUAUGUAUUUGUGUGUUGAAAAAGGAAAACUAAACGCAUAAGUCGGUGUUGUUCAAGGAAAGACGGAGAACAGUUAAAUGGAAGAAAACAGUGAGUCCCCAACUUCAUCAAGCAGAAUAAUCACGAAAGCUAAAAUUGAAUCCAACAUGGAAUCAGUGACAGGCAAUAAAGAUGUUGAGACUGAUGAAAACAAUGCAGCAGGAAAUAAGGCCACACCCGAAACAAGACAUCGCUCCGAUGAUGACAUCAAGGGACAUGUUAAUGUCAAGGAUAUACAACGUUCAAUCUCAAACGAAUCUAGUAGUUCGGCCAUACAAGUAUAUCAAAAUAUAGAUCAGUUUGUUGCUGCGUUACCCUCGACUUCUCAGAAGACAACUUCUGAUGGUGGGAGCGAAGACGGUGAUCAAACUCAGUCUCAGAGUCAACAGUGUCAGCUAUUGCAGCAGCAAGAUAGUGGUGACAAUGAGCGUAGUUGUUGGAUAUGUUUUGCUUCGGAUGAAGAUAAUCGUUUAGCUGCUUGGGUACAACCUUGCAAAUGUCGUGGUUCUACAAAGUGGGUGCAUCAGAGCUGUCUCUAUCGUUGGGUAGAUGAAAAGCAAAAAGGUAAUGCUCUUCGCACGGUCAGCUGUCAACAAUGCCAAACCGAAUAUAUAAUAGUCUUUCCUCAAAUGGGCAAAGUGGCCAAUAUUUUGGAGGCCUUUGAUAAUCUAAUAAAACGUGUGAGUCCCUUCUUAGCAGCUGGUAUUUUUGUGGGCUCCCUAUACUGGACAGCUGUAACAUAUGGUGCCGUUACUUUUCUUCAGAUUGUGGGCCACAAAAAAGGUUUGGCUCUUAUGGAAAAUGGUGAUCCGCUUAUUUUACUGAUCGGUCUUCCUGCCAUACCAGUUUUCUUGGUUCUGGGUCGCAUGAUUCGUUGGGAAGAUGCUGUCAUACGAUUGAUUCGUAACCGCCGUAAUGUGGCUCGUAAAUUGCCUCUUAUGAGUUUCAUUAUACCAUAUCCCGAGGAAGAUGAAGAACAAACUGCACAAAAUCCUGCAACACCUACACUUUCAGAUCCUGUAUCAGCUACAAGAGUUUUUUGUGGUGCUUUGCUAUUGCCAACAAUAUCAUCGAUUGUGGGACGUUUGCUAUUCGAAUCUAUUGAGAAUACCUUACAUCGCACUUUAUUAGGUGGUUUAACAUUCAUAACGGUUAAAGGAAUUUUAAAAAUCUAUUUAAAACAACAACAGUAUACGCGUAAAAAGAAACGUCAUAUAGUCGAUUAUACCGAAGAAAACGUACGAAAUUAUGUUAAUCGUAAUUCUUCAACAAGAAAUCAUGGAGCUGCCGCCGCAGCUGCAGCCGCUGCAGCAGCUGCUGCUGCCGGUGCUCAACAGCAGCAACAGCAGCAACAACAACAACAACAGCAACAACAAGCUUAUGUGCCAAGACCAAAUACACGAGAUAGUAUGGUGUAAAGAAACAAUUAACAAUUUAACAAAAUUACGAUAAUUAAAGGAAAAAUGGGUAAGAGAACAAGAACUAUACAAAAUUUUACAUUAAACAACAAGUUCCGUCGUAUAUUAGUAAAUUGUUUUUUUUAUAUACAUUCAUAAUAAAAAACUUAAAACUCUGUUAAAUAUUAAACAAAUGUUAUCAGAUUUUGUUUAUUUUAAUUCCAACACAACUUUUUUCAAAUAAAAUCAAAUGCGAACUUUCAUAUAAA